AUGGCCCUCGGAAUUCCAAAAAGCAAUCUGUGGUAUGGUAUGGAUAUUCUCUGGAAUCACCCAUUGUUUUUCAUUGCAAAUGGUAUCCUUUUUGUAUUUUGUUUAAAGUUACAAUGUAUAAGUUAUCUUUUGAAACAUUAUAGUGAUGAUCAUCACAGAUCUUUCCAACCUUACCAUGAUGAUGAUGAUGGUUUUGAAGGCAACUAUAGCUACAACUAUGGCUACAAUCCUUAUCGGCCACCUUCAGGAGGAAUUAAGGGAAAAGUUGAACAGAAAUACUGGCACACAAAGCAAACAAUGAUUCAAAAGUUGGGAAAGGAGCAGGACUCAUUUGUGGUUGCUGGGGACUCUGAAGUGGAUGCACGUCUAGAGGUACACCUGUCCACUGUCUGUAAGAAAAAUAAUAAUGGUAACUACAGUAGUACAACUGUAAGGUUACUGAGUGUAGGCAACAGCAACUGAAGGUUAAAAAACUUUUCCUGCAAUGUUGUGCUUUGCAUAAUUUCACAUGAUAUAUGGUCAAAACAUGCAUACAAGUUUUCAAUUCCCUUGGAAAAUAAUUUUUUUGUUUCUUUGCCUGGAGAUCAUGGGAAACCAUCUAAAACAUUUUUUUUUUGGUUCCAUGAAAAUUCAUGGGGCCCCCCCUUAAAUUUUUUCAAUUUUAGGAAAUUCAUAUAUUUUUUUUUCUUGGCCCUGGAAGCCAUAAACCGGUAAUGUUCAAUGCACUUUGGAAACGAUUCAAGAUGGCAAACAUUAGAAAGAUGAUAAGAUGCUAUAUCAACAUUCUAGUUUCGUAUAUAACCUAAGUCAUCACCAAGAAUUGUUGCUCAACUGGUUAAGAGUCUGAGUGGAAAAAUUGUGAAUUUCUGUAGAUUGAUCCUAAGACUGAAAAUGUCACUGGGAAACUAUUUUCCGGUUCUGUUAUUUUAGGAACCACAGUAAUGACAUGGUACCUGAAACGAUCAUUACUGUGAAAUCCCAGGGCUUAAUCAGUGAAUGAUAGAAGGUUCAAAUGUGCAUGUGCAGAUUGUACAGUCCAUUCUAUUCAUUUUUAGGGGAAGUCCAAACAAAGCUGGGAAAAACUGCGGAGAUAUUUAUGUGUCAUAGGGUUUCUGUGUGUUGUCUCCUUGAGCACUUGCCAUUGAUUACACAAGUUAAUUAUGUUUCUUUGACAAUUUUUGCAGGCCUUCAGGCAUAUACAGAAGACAUGUAUAGAUAUACUAAAGGCAAUAGAAGUAUAUCAAAAUAGGAUAUUUGGUAGGUACACAUUGUUCACAUGGAACGCUGUUGCGCUAUCUUCAUGUAACCAUUGUGUUCUGACCAGGCAUUAGUAUAUGUAUAUCAGGCAUGUGUAUACGACGUAUAUUUGGUAUUGAUCCAUGUAGAAGUGUACAAAAUUAUUUAGCAAUAUAUUGUUACAGAUAGUUUGUCUGGGAUCCCUGUGUUAGAAUGCAACAAUGGAAACAAAUGAAAAUGAUUUCCCUGUUUUUUCAUUUAUUUGUUGCCAGUCACGGCUGCUGCCUAAGAAAAUGUUUUUGGAGCCCUUCAGGCUACCUAAGUAAAAAGUUGGGAGCCUAAGCCUCAUUUCUAGGAGCCCUUGAUCGAUAAACUUAAAAAACUCAAAAUUUAUUAGGGCAUAAAUAGUAGCAUAUGUAAGGUUCAACUGACAUUCAAUGGCCAAUCUCCUUUUUGCUGUUGGUAAAUUUAUUUUCCUUAACCUCGCCCAUGGUGCCAGAGGUGUUUUUUUUAUCCAAUUGUAUUUCGAGAACAGACCUGGAACCAAGAUACCCAACCUAGUUUUAAUUAGUUUACCAGAAUGACCCUUAAUUGGCAGUGUCUACAUCUUCUUUGCUGUAAGUAAGUUGACAGUCUCGACCAGAUCCUUGAAAGUUGAUUCACGCCUCUCGAAACUCGAUUCAUUCAAGUCUUCAGACGCCUGAGUCUCAAGUUUUGCGUUUCAUGUUUCAAGAGACCAGCAGUUUUGAAUUUUUACCACUCACAAGGAUUUUGAGGAAACUAUUAUUUUAUUUCUAAAGGAAAAAUAAACAUUACCAUUUGCACAUUCAGGGGUUCACACCAACUGACAGCGCCUUAUACAGGUACAAUUUCGGUAAAGUUAAGUUAAAAAAGGACCAAUGAAAGGGUUUUUAUCUUGCAUUUUGGAAAAUUGACGCGAUGUUUUUGUAUGAAGUCUUUCUUUUGAUCCACAAAAAUUUUUUUUAUGGGGCAUAACAUCUUAAGGUAUGUAUUUACAUGGGUGGCAUGCAAUGGCAUAGAUUGAAAUAGGAUUUGAAAUAGCUGCAGUGAAUCUUUUUUUCAAAAACUGCAAUGUUUUUGCGAGCCUCUCAAAAAUUACCUUAAAACAGACAACAAAAAGAAAGAACGGCAUAGAUAACAAUGAAUAAAUUAAUGAUGUAAGAAAUCUUUGACUGUACCAUCUGUAUCAAGAUAGAAAAUGCUAAUCUUUGAUCGUCGUAGAUGCUGGUAAAAUUUGCAUAAUUAUGUCAAGUGUAAUUUGAAACCUCCUGCUUUUUGCAUGCAUCGCAACUUUGAAACAUACAACAACAACCUAACGGUUCUAGAGGCAAACAAAACACCGGGAAAAGAAGUCAUAUGAUGACUUUGAUACCGAAAGUUUUUCUAAGACUAUUAAAUUCAUUUGAGAUCAUUUUCAGACAAGAAACUUCACCGUACUGCAGUGGAAGCUCUGGGAAGAGAAGUCAGAGAGGCAAAUUUUAAGUGUGGUGGACAAAGGACUGACCCCCAGUCCAUGGACUACCUGUAUGGACUACCCUAAAAUAGACUACAUCACCAAAGUUUAGUGAUUAGGGUAAGGAAACUGAGUGAAUCAAGUUUCAGGUCAGUGUUCCAAGUAUAAUAACCCUAAAUGGAACCUGGUUCACUCGGUUUCGUAACCGUAAUCACCAAACUACUCUAGGGUAGUCCAUGAACUGGGGGUCAGUGUUUUGUCCACUACCAAUUUCAAGACAAGUGCUUGUUUGUUUAUUUUUUAUCAGUGGGACUUUUUUGCCUACAGUCAAUUACCACACAUUUUGCGUUUCCGUUUCAAAAGCACAGAAGUAGCAGGGAAUUUUGUUGUUUGUUCAUUGGAAGUUGGCGUGGAAGCUAUUGCCAUAAGAAUCAUGAGUUUCAUGGGCUCCUUGUUUAAAAGUUUAGUUGCCGGCUGGCAAAUUGUAGGCACCUCCGGUGACCUGGCAGCCCUUACCCAGCAGCCUUGCAAAUACUCUCUCAUUACUCUUGCGCACAUGUACAGUACAUUAAAAGUCCUUGAAUUUUUGGCCUGAACAAGUGUAUGAACCCUGUGAGAAGUGGACUUUGCAUGUAGGUGGCAUACCCCCAUAAACCUACGGAUGUAAGAAAAUCUGGUUAUGAUGUCAGAGUAUGUCCAUCUGUCUGUCUGUACAAACUCUGGGAGGUAGGAAAAACUCUAAAGGAGGAGAAAGAAGUCUCAGUCUUAGGGCAAAGCAAACUAGUUUAAAGGCAACCAAUGGAAUUUAAAAGUGAAUUUUUAAGGCUUAGUGACCCUUUUGGUCCAGGACCAAUCUAGUCUCAGAUUGUUUAAAAUCUUGACAGGUGAAUUUAUGCAUAAAUACUAAUUCAGCAAGUAGAAACAGGGUUAAAAAUUGCAACUGACUGGUUGCCAAUGCAACUAAAGUUUGGGUGCUGGUGACUACGUUUUAAGACCUGGUCGCCAGUUGGCGAGUCAUCUUCUGUUUCAAUAAGAUAACCCCUUGUCCUGGAUCUGUAAUCAAUAUAGUAAUAGUAAACUCACUAACGCUCUGCUUCAUCCAGCAACUCAAAGGGGAAGCCUCAACAAGGCAAGACUUAACAACGUACACAUUUUGCCGUAUAUCAGUUUGCUCCUUUUACAAUGUUAGACUUUAAUGUUCUUCUUAUAUUCUUCUAACAAUUCUCCAGAGCUGACUAGUCCCACUGGUAAGAUAGUGGUCUCGUCUUCUUACACUGUACUGUGUACCUUCGUUUCUAGAUCCAAUGGUGUUCCUGUUCCUGUUCACUUUUGUCUUUCACUGCUGCUCAUUUUCACCUUGGUGGCCGCGAGCAUUUCUCAAUUUCUCACCAUCGCUACAAAAUUUUCAUGUUUUUCUUCCAACAAAAUUGGUCUCAGUUGUUUUUUUAUUUCUCGCUGUAGUUCUUUCUCUGUUAUCCACGUUAAUGUAGACAUGAAAAUUUAAUUGAAAGAAAGGCUUGGGCUUGUUGUUUUUUUCUCUCUAAAAGUCCGGGUGGCAAUGCGAUUCACUGCCAAAACGUGCCGGGUGCUUGAAAUGCAAAAUUUCACCCCAGAUUACAUGAAGGGGUGGACGUAUGUACAUAUGGACAAUUUUGUCAGAACCAAAAUUUCUUGGAUGCAUAGAUAACCAGAUUUUCUUACCCAUGGUGCUUAGCUACAUGCGCUUUGUGUGCACGAGAGCUCUGCUAUUACUAAAUGCGGUGGUAUUCUCUAUGUUAAUAGAGAGGAGAAGUUGUUAGGUUACAUUGCCAUGGGAGCAAAAUUUUUGAAUGACAACAAAUCAAAAAUUCACUUAAAAAGGAAAUUUGCACUGUUUCAUUUACUUUGUCAAAUUUUAGUGAAAUUUUCUGGAUUUAAUCUGAAAGGACCAUAUCUGAGUUUAGAAAAAGAAAAAGAAACUUUUUGUGUUGUGUUCACCUACUCCAUAAUGGGGGCACGGGAAAUUAGAAAGUUUCAUGUCACAGUCGUGCAAAGACGGCCAAGAAGUGUACAAAAAAGCGUGCAAAGUUGUUGUUGCUAAUCUAAACCUAUCAGGUUUUUUUGCCUUUGUUGUUACUGUUGCCAUCGUCGUUGCUUAAUCUCAGCCUUAUUGUUGUCAUCCAGUAAUUUGGCUACCAUGGUAACUUGAUGUCACACUUCUCCUCUCUAUUUGAAAAUUGUAAAAUCGACGCUGUUCAAAAGAUUCUUAACUGAAGUUUCAGCAAUGCUGCCUUCUUCAGGGUACAAGACUAGGGUAUUCUCUAUGAUUUGAUAUUUCAAUUUUAGCAUUGUCUCAAGAUGAGAAUGAAAUGGGACGUUUUCUCCGAGAGCAAGGUUCACAGGAUAAAUCCAAGGCUGGAAAAAUGAUGAUUGCAGUGGGCAAGGCUCAGAGUUAUUCAGCUCAGCAAAGGUACAUUAAGCUACACUGGACAUGAUUUUAUUACCUUUGUUAUCUUGUACUUGCUGUUAUGUAACAGUUUGUUCUCUUUUAUUACUUUUUACCUCCAUUUUAUUACACAUGUAUUUUCAGUCACUAAUAAAGAGAAUUGUCUUCAAAAGGAAACAGUGGUGCAAAUAUCUAAAUAAAUGCCAAAAUAAUUUAUCAUGAUUAACAGCAGAACAGUGUAGGUUUUCAAGAAAUAUUAUAAUUAUACAGUGGAACCUCGAUUUAAUGAACCUCUAUAUAACAAAGUCCACAGUAUAGUGAACAAUCUUCUUCAGCUGGGCUAAAUUUACAAUAAAAUGUAUGGAACAAAACCUUGAUAUAACGAACGUCGAUUUAACGAAAUCCACUUCAUAACGAACACAAUUAAAAACACAAACGUAAAAUAAUGUACCUUGAUAUAAUGAAUAAAAUUUAUUCAUUACAUCAAGGUAUAUUUAAUAAUGUCAACAUGGGACAGAAAGAUAGCUAAAGAUGAAUGCAAAACAGACUAACGAGGAUAAUGUUUAAAGUAGUUUUAAGCAGUUUUGUUUGCCUGUUCUUGUGUUUCUAGUGUUGUAGCUAUGUACAGCUCCGAACUGAGACAGUAGUUUCGUAUACAAAUGUUUAUUACAGAAAUUGCUCAGAUCUGGAAAUGCUGGGCAUUGGGAAUUAAUAAUUAACUAUACCUGGAUAUCACAAAGAUUUUGCUUGUUUUCCCAAAAAUUCGCUAAAUCAAGGUUUUCUAUAUAACAUACCCUGGAUAUAACAAACAAAAUUAAUUUUCCCAGUCCCCUGGCACUUUGUUAUAUCAAGGUUCCACUGUAUCUAGAAUGUUUUAUAAUCAAGUGAAAGGGUGCCACUUGCUAUAAGAGUCAAAAGCAAAAAUUUGUCUUGCUAGACAAGGUCCAUUGGUAAAAUGUACAUGGCUAAUUUUGUAAGUUUCACUAGUGCAUGUAAGUAGUUGGUAAUUGAUUACACAACAGGGACCUUUAGAUUGUAAGACAAUUAGGACAACCAUAUGAGAACAAAUUGCUCUCAAUACUAAGUAGUGUGCACACAUGAAUCAUGAUUGAUAGUAUGGAUUUAAGCUUUUUUUAGUUUUAAAAUGUUAUUGUCUCUGAAACAAGUUAUCAAAUGUUAGAAGUCUUGUCAUUUUUCAAUCUACAUUGUACUGAGGGCAAGCUUAACUUCCAUCAAUAAAAGUAACUGUGUUUUCACCUUUCUGUUGAGGGAAAUGAAGCUUUCCAGGGUGUCUAUAUUUUUUUGACAAUAUGUGAAAAAAUGGUGAAGUCAAAUCUCAUUCUCAGAGUCAUACUGGUCCUUGAAUCUAACAGUUUCUAAUAAUGAAAGGAGGACAACAGCCAAAAGAAAUCUCUGUUAGCUAAAAAGGUGUAUAGUCAUCUCUCUCUAAGACAGACACCUUUGGGCCCAGCACUAAGUUUCCAUCUUAGAGAGGUGGCCAUUACUCAACUAACCCCAAUUUUGCUCUCUGAAUAGGUUAAGCCUAAGAACCCCGCUAGUGCGACUGUACCAGGAAGUUGAAACAUUUCGAUUCCGUGCCAUCUCAGACACAAUUCAAACUGUUACCCGUAUGGAGCAAGCAAGAACAGACUACAGAGCAGCGCUCCUAUGGAUGGCAAACUUAUCUAAAGAAUUGGAUCCAGAAGAGUAUAAGAGAUUAGAUAAAUUUAGAGAGGUCGGUUGCUGAAGUCAGCCUUUUCUUUUCAUAAACACUGUUGGAUACAUCUAGUUGAUGACAUUAAUCAAUCAGGCUGAUUAUCUACAUGCAUACUACACUAUCCACUAGCCUGAUAACAAGCAUUUCCAUGCUUGUUCUGUACAAAAAUCAAAAGAAAGAUGUUCAAAAGUGACAGUCCCUUUAUCUUUACCGUUUAGCUUUCUCUCUUAUUUUGCUUCUGCGACAAAUUUAUAAUCUUGAUGCUGACUCAGGGCUGUCACUAAAAUUUUAAGUUGCCGGGUAAAUACAAAAAGUAGGCGAGGAAUCAAACAGUUACGGGUUUCUUUUGGUUUUAUUUUUUUAUUACUUUCCUUUGAAAGUAGCCAGGGGCCACGUUGGUAAUAGCGUCUCUUUAUGAUAUCUUCUGGCUAAACAGUUGAAAUAAAGUUUUUGGUUUCAAUGCACCGGUUUGAGAUGCAAAUUGAACCUUAGAAACCCACACAUUUCAUUGUAAUCUCUCACAGAAGCUAAAAGGAAAAAAUGAUCUCCUUGUUCAGUUUUCCUAUUCAGAGCAAACUUUGUGAGGGCUGACAUUUCCAGUUGUGUUUUACUGUCAUCAGUUAAACUAAUUGGUGGCACCUCAUUUUCCAGCCAAUUGUAUUUCUCUUUGUGUUUGAAAAGGGUAACUGUCUGAUAAUUCCUAAGUUAUCAUCGCAAGCUCUGAUAACCCUGAUGGCCUUGUUGCUUGCCCAGGUUUUCUUUUGCAGAUCACUUUGCUCGCUCCUAAAAAUGGAAUACACGCUUGCAGGGUAACACACAAUGCAUUUAACAAGGUGUACACAAGUACAAAAUUGCAUCAAUGAUGAUAAUAUUGUUACUGUAGGACACUGUUGUAAUGCUUUUCUUAAUUACCCUAUUUCUGGUAUUCAGGUUCAGAGUCAAGUCAGAAGGGGUAAAAAGAAAUUUGAAAAGCUGAAAAUUGAUGUCAUGCAAAAGAUAGAUCUUCUGUCAGCAAGUAGAUGUAAUUUACUUUCAAGCACUCUUGCAGCAUAUCAGCAGGCCCUGCUCAAGUUUUGGGAAAAUACCUCACGGACUAUGACCCAAGUUUCUGAACAGUUUAAAGGAUUACCAACAUACCAGUUUCAGAUGUUAAAAAGCCUCAACCCUCUGGCUAUUGAAAGUGGGGAUAAAGAAAAAGAAGAAGAGGGAAAAGAGGCGAACCCUGGCAAAGAAUCAGAGGAAAGCAAUGUAGAUUCAACAAAUGGUGUUACAAAACAAACUGUUAGUGAGGAUGAUGAUGAUCAGUUAAUAUCUUUGGAUCACUCACCUUUAGAAGAGAAAAAAAUGGAGGCAAGACCUAGUCAGGAAGCUGAUACAAAUGGUGACAAAUCGCUAAUAGAGACAGAUUUACUUGGAGAUGAUGAAGCACCAAAUGGGAGUGAGGAGUCAAGCACCUGUAUUGAUUUGCUUGGUGAUGAUGACUUUCUCUCGCAAAAACAACAGUCAAGUAAUGCUGAGUAGUUUCUUGCCAAUCUUUUUACAUUGUAUUAUUUUACCAUCAUCCACUGCUAUACACUGCCUUAGAAAAUCACUUUAAACAAGUGUUGAAUUAACCAAACAAUACCAACAGCACUGCAACCAUAUCUGGAAGCCAGGUGAUGGGGGAGUACUUCGCAUUUACACAAAAUAUUUGUGCUCCCUUUAUUCAACUACUACCCGUUAAAAUAUUAACAGAAAUAUACGUUCUCGUGGUGUAAAGUAACAUUGUCAAAUUCACAUUGUCUUAAAAGGUACAGGUAUUCAUAGGCAAGAAAGACAGAAGAAGAAGACAGAAUAGACAGAUUUUGGUUCUAUAAUGAAGCUAGUUUGCAUAUACGGUAUUUACAUGUAUGUCCUUAGGUGCAAUCGUAGCAACCCUAAGGAAUGCAAGCCUUACUUUGAAUGAAAAAGUACAUUUUCAGGAAGUAGUUUACUCUGUAACUUUCUGCUCUAAUUCAACACAAUUGCAUCAGGUGAUAUCAUUACUUUUAAAAAAAUAAUGAUGAACAUACUGUUCAUUAAAAUUGCAUAAUGUUAACUUCAUAGACUACAGUUUUCUCUACCAAGGAAUAGUACCCCGGGUGGUUGUGAUAUCUUGGUAUUAAAAUUCCUGUUUAUUGUACACAGCCACAAAUGAUCUACUUUCAUCAUUUGAGAGUUCCUCAAGAAGCAAUGGUCAUACUGGAAGUUCACUCAUGCCACCCAGCUAUGAAGCAGCAACGAAAAUCCCUACAGCAGGUAUGAGCCAGUAAAUUACCCAAGUUUGAGGUCAGAUGGCUGGAUAUUGGCCAAGUUCAUUUUGUUUGUGUGUGUACUUUUAUGGACUAGUAUGAAUACGACGUUAAAAAACAAAUCAAUGGAAUGCAGCCGGUAUUCUUCCACCUUGGUCAGUAAGGGAUUCAUCUCAUGGCCUUAGAAACAAAUGUUUUCUUGUGGGAACAAAGAGGGAAAUCCCGAAAGAGCAUGGUGGGGCUAUUUUGCCUUUUUCGGCAAAAUAGGAGCCAAACGUAGCCAAAGUGUCAGAAAUGAGGUUAUCAUUAAUUUUUUUUGCCACAGAAAGUUCUUAGAAUGGAAUGUCCACUACUCACCACUUGUUCAAGUCGUAAGAAUCUAAGACUUGAGUGGUACAAGUCCUUAAGUUGUGCGAUUGGUUCAAGUAGUGAAUGUGAUACGUUUAAGUGAAAUGAACCGAGGUACAUUGGCUGCAUCUGAUUAGACAAGUGUAGAGAGGGGCUCUUGUCAAUUGGUGCGACUCGUACGCGACUUGUGUGAGUCGUAGUGGUGAAAUAGCAUCUCAUUAGAGACACUAGAAAUGGAGAGCAGAGUUGUCGAACUAUAAGCAUCCUACACGACAAACGUUUGAUGUAUGAAACUGCAAAAUGGCUCAAAAAUAUACUAUCACACAAAAAGUCUAGUUAGCAAAUGAACAAGAACGUAUACACCAGAAUAUCCCUCGUUCUAUAACUAAUGAGUACCCCAAACGAUAAAAUUUCAAUGCAUAACUCCUACGAGUCGUACCACUAACAGGGCCUAUUCACGACAACUUUGCUCACAAAUUCUAAGUUUCGCUAAUGAGAUGCUAUUUCACCAGUUUCACGACUCGUACCAGUCGAAACACAUGACAGGGUCCCCUCUCAACAACUUUGCUCACAACAGGUUCUAUUAAACAGACCCGAUUUUAUCCUCAAUACUUUGUAAUUGUAGGCUUCAUGUAAGCACCUAGUACAUUUCAGACCACAGUUACAGCUGAAGUAGUUUGAAGUUUACAUUAAUUUUUGUUAAGUGUAUACACUUUCCUCGCUUUCUUCAACAGAGAUUCGUAAUCACUGGUUUUAUAUUGGAUAACACCAAUAAUUAUUAUUAGAGCUUUUCAUUUACCUUUUGUAGUUUAUACAAGGGUUCUCCAAUACUCACUACCUGUUCAAGUCAUGAAAGUUCGUGUUGUUUCAAUUUGUAGCAAGGUUGGUUUUAAUCACCUUUUAAGCCAUAACCUUUAGUAGCUAACACAUAGGCCUUAAUGUAUAUGUACUGAACCUAAAAAAUUAACUGAAUUGAUUGCCUUUUUCCCUCUAUCCAGGUGUUGACCAUCCUUCGUCGAUGACAGCUGAUGACUUGUUGUUUGGCUCCCCUACCAGGGAGGAUAGGGGAACAGAAGACAAGUCAGACCUGGAUAUCUUAAACGAGAUCCUUGGUGCCACUGGAGCGUCUGGCGGACAGGGCACUGCAGAAAGUGAUAACAGCUUUAGUAAAACAUGGAAGGACAUGUUUGGGGAUGAGCCUCUUGAAAGUACACGACAACCACAGGAGCCCAGCCAGUCAUGGUCACAAGGAGGGACCAAUUUCAUGAUGCCAUCUGAUCUUCUUAAUAGCAUGGCUAAGUUUGAUCCAUUUAGUCAGUUGCCUGCCUCAACUCAGCCAGGCACUAGUGAAGCGCCACCCACGUUAGGUCUCCUCAAACAGCCUCAGCUCCCCAAGAAUCUGUGGCAAGGUAAUCAAGUAACUUCAGAGUCAAAGCAGAUACCUUCACUGCCAGGGAAGAGUAAGGAGAAGAGCAAAGGGAAAAAGGGCUCAGAUAUGUCUGCUUGGUUCAGUCUGUUUUCUGAUCUUGAUCCUUUGGCCAAUCCCGAUGCCAUUGACCAACAGAACAAGAAAAGUGAAGAGGAUAGACAAUGCUGAAUGCGGAAUUACUCUUUAAAGAGUUACCAAUUGAAAAUUGUUAAGAAUAUCAAAUUGUUCCACGAAUUCAUUGAAAAAGAACAAUGUGGUCCACGAGAGGGGUUGAAGCUGAGUUUAUGGAAAUCUUGUGGCACCUGCUAAGUUCACAUAUAUAUAUAUAUAUUUUUUUCAAAUCUGCUUAUCUCAUGCAUCCUUUAAUAACGACAAGUCUACAUUAGGCAUCAUCAUGUUAUAUUGUGGAGCAGGUCUGUCUACUUCUUUAUUGUGGGUAGCUUUUUCUCACUAUAUACAUCUUGCCACUUUGGGCAUGGUCCCUUUAGCGUGAUUCUACCGCUAAGUAACUUUCGCUUUUGUUGCCAGAACGUAAGGGUUUCAAAAACUACAUGUACAUUUAUUAUUUGGCUGAAUCCUGGAGCGGCUAAGAUACGCCUAUCUUCUCCACUCGGGACUUUCCGCGUUGGCCCCGCCUGAAAACAUUCUCUGUUUAGCCAUAUAAUAAAUCCUUUAUUGGCCAAGUUUGUUCGGUCAAUGUGACUGUAUAUUGGCCAAGUUUUUUUGGCGUUGUGUCUCGAAUACGAUCAUCGAGAUCGUUCAGAUCGGUUAACCUCUUUUCACAAAUCAGGAAUGGAAUUCAAGCUUAACUUAAUGACAUUUCUGUGUUGUAGUCUGUAGAGUGUUGUUUGUCAUUGGUCGAAUCGACUUUCGUCCGGGCGAAAUGCCUUUGGGCGAAUCGACCACAAGUCUCGGUUAAUGAAAGCAUACUUAUAAAAAAUGGCCAAUAUACAGCCAUCUUGUCCUCUCGCUUGGUCAAUAACGCAUAUAUAUUUCAAGGUUGCCUUUAUGGACUCAAAAGUUGCAACAGAAUUGUAGUUUGCAUCGUAAAAGUAAAUGGUAAAAUUAUCUUAAAGAACUUCGCCUUUUUGGCGGGGGGUGGGGAGAUGGCUUAACGCCUUGCAUUGUGUAAGAAUUUAUCUUACCUUAUGAUAGGAUAUUGGGAUAAACCUGUCUAUAAUGUUCAAUGGUUUUAAGGCAGCAGCUGAAUGUUAGGGCGCUUUCCAUUUGUCAAAACCGGCUGGCCAACCGGACCAGUUAUUUUGACAAUGAAAUCGGCUUUUUCCAAGGGUUUUUGUUGAACAACCAUCUCCUUCAUACACACUAUUUAAGAUUUGACUGAUUUAGCUGGAUAGUUUUGAUUAAUAGUGAAAUUCUCAUUACGAAAGGGAAGGGUCUGGCCGGUCAGUUCUGACAAAUGGAAAGCGCCCCCUUAGAUUCACUUAUGGUAAGCCGUAGGUGUAGUUACGUUCAGUGUAUAUCAACAGGGUGUAAAUUGCUAUGGCCGUUAUUUUAAGUUAUUUAGGAAUAAAUUAUUGCAGAGUUGUUUAUAAAUUCUGUUUCAGAAACACAGCAUGUUGAAAAAAUUUGAAAGCAGUUGAAUGUUCUGGUUUUAGAACACCACGCUUCCUUUACACACACACGAGAACGUCGAUGUAACAAACCUCUAUAUAACCAUAGUUAUUAAAGGAGACGAAUCGACUAUGACAUAACGAACGACAUUCUUCGCCCCCUGUUUCAGUAAUAUAAAUUAUAUGGGAACGACCCUCAAUAUAACGCAACCUAGAGGAUAUAUUUGGCAGUUCCUUGUCGUAAGAUGGUUCGUUUGUUCCCAGGCGUCAUAAAUUACACUUUCUUUGAAAAUGCGAUAAAAUUGACUUUAAACCGGAAUGUUACCCUGUCUAGAAUUUUUUUGUGUGCUACGCGCAUUUAAAUGGGGAGCCACCUACGUAGCCGUUCUUUGUGUCGUUGCGCAACCCUGUUCUCUACGGAGCGUGACGUCGCCCAUUAUUAUAUCUUACCUGAUGAAAUAAGAUUAUACCUGAACUAAGGUUUAUGCGUUAAACAUGAGAAUGCUGCUAUAAGAGGGGACAGACGGCAAAUUAUACACACUGUUAAUCAUCACAAAUGGUUUUGGCUCCAUAAAAUCGUACACCAAUUGCGGAACGUUUUUAGAGGAGCCACCCACAAUGUGAGCACAGUUACUGACAGGGUAUUUGAGGCCAAGGCCAAACAUCGAACUUUCCAUGAGACGAGCUAAACUGGGCAGAUUAAGUUCAUGAAAAAUUCGACGUCUGUCUCCGUUGAUUUCGUCUGAAUCAGAGUUUGCUUCUACAUAUGCGUUGUAUCCGUCUGCUCAGAUUCUGAUUGGUUCGACGCUGCAUUAGUUCGACGUCUGACCCAACAGACGAACUUUAAAAUUAAGGUCUACCCAAAUUACAAUUUGGUUCCUCCCAUGAAAAGUUCGACUUUUAGCGUUGGCCUGAGUUAGAAAAACAAAGCAGAGUAAGUCAAAAUAAGAUCCAUUCAAUAUGGAACGAAACGAACCGCUAAUGAUUUAAGCACGCGCCCAUAACGUUGAUGAAAGUGCAGUUAGUGCGUUCAGUUUCAUCCAUUAUUUAAGUUACAAACUAUUGUAGGACUCCAAAAGGACUUGUUAAUGAGGACACUUGUAAAUGUUUCAGUACUUGAUGACCUUUAUUAUUUUGUUUAACUUAUGUUUCUUAUGGAAGAAUUAAGGGUCAUUGUUAUCAGUUUAAUUUAAAUAAACAAAUGCAAAGU